AGUCAGAAUAAAUUGAACAAGCGAACGAGAAAGAUACGAACAAAGAUAUUUUUACAAGUGAUUGCUGAGCUAAUAAGGUGAAUAUUGAGAGUAAUUUUUUAAGUGAAGUUUUAUCAAGUGACAACAAAAUGGUGAAAGCUCCCGCAAUUGGUAUCGACUUGGGCACCACAUACUCCUGUGUAGGUGUCUGGCAGCACGGAAAAGUGGAAAUUAUCGCCAAUGACCAGGGCAACCGCACAACACCCAGUUAUGUUGCCUUCACCGAUACAGAGCGAUUAAUUGGAGAUGCCGCAAAGAACCAAGUGGCUAUGAAUCCUGCGAACACCGUCUUCGAUGCCAAAAGGUUGAUCGGACGCAAAUUUGACGAUCCAAAAAUCCAACAAGACAUCAAACAUUGGCCAUUUAAAGUCGUUAGUGAUGCUGGUAAGCCAAAGAUCGAAGUGGAGCACAAGGGCGAGAAGAAACGGUUUUCUCCUGAGGAAAUCAGUUCCAUGGUUUUAAGCAAGAUGAAGGAAAUCGCUGAGGCAUAUUUAGGGCAGUCGAUUAAAGAUGCUGUUAUCACUGUGCCAGCAUACUUCAACGACUCGCAAAGGCAAGCAACCAAAGAUGCUGGGGCUAUUGCUGGAUUAAACGUUAUGAGGAUUAUCAAUGAGCCGACUGCAGCCGCCUUAGCGUAUGGUUUAGACAAAAAUCUCAAAGGUGAGAAAAAUGUCCUUAUCUUCGACUUGGGCGGUGGUACCUUUGAUGUCUCGAUCCUAACCAUCGACGAGGGUUCCCUGUUUGAAGUAAGAGCAACAGCUGGCGACACACAUCUUGGAGGUGAAGAUUUUGACAACAGACUGGUUAAUCACCUGGCUGAUGAAUUCAAAAGGAAAUUUAAAAAGGACCUCACAACUAAUCCGAGGGCUCUUAGAAGAUUGAGAACAGCAGCGGAACGUGCAAAGAGAACUUUAUCAUCAAGCACAGAAGCAACAAUUGAAAUUGACGCACUAUUCGACGGCAUUGAUUUCUAUACAAAAGUUACCAGGGCCAGGUUUGAAGAGCUGAAUGCGGAUCUGUUUAGAGGAACUUUACAGCCAGUUGAGAAAGCCCUGGCAGAUGCUAAAAUGGACAAGGGUUCAAUCCAUGAUAUCGUUUUGGUUGGUGGGUCAACUAGAAUUCCGAAAAUUCAGCAGCUCUUACAAAACUUCUUUAAUGGCAAACAACUGAACCUAAGUAUCAACCCGGAUGAAGCUGUUGCAUAUGGUGCCGCCGUUCAAGCAGCAGUCCUUAAUGGUGAAACUCAUAGCAAGAUCCAAGAUGUUCUUCUUGUUGAUGUGGCUCCAUUGUCCCUUGGUAUCGAGACAGCUGGAGGAGUAAUGGCGAAAAUCAUUGAAAGGAACUCUAGAAUUCCAUGCAAGCAAAGUCAAACCUUUACCACCUAUGCAGACAACCAACCAGCAGUAACAAUUCAAGUAUUUGAAGGCGAAAGAGCUAUGACCAAGGAUAAUAACCUUUUGGGCACCUUCGAUUUAACAGGCAUUCCACCAGCCCCUCGUGGAGUUCCAAAAAUAGAUGUCACCUUUGAUAUGGAUGCCAAUGGUAUCCUUAAUGUUUCUGCCAAAGACACCAGCUCAGGCAAAGAGAGAAACAUCACCAUAAAGAACGACAAAGGCAGACUCUCGCAGGCCGAUAUCGACAGGAUGCUUUCUGAAGCAGAAAGAUAUAAAGAUGAGGACGAAAAGCAAAGACAAAAAGUGGCUUCUAGAAACCAACUAGAGGCAUACAUCUUUCAAGUAAAACAAGCUGCAGAGGAAAGUGGGGACAAACUAAGCCCAGAUGAUAAGGCCACAGUACAACGAGAAUGUGAGAAUUCCCUAAAAUGGCUGGACAGUAACACCCUGGCAGAGAAAGAAGAGUUUGAGGACAAGCAGAAGGAACUCCAAAGGAUAUGCAGUCCGAUCAUGGCAAAAUUGUACGGAGGCGGCCCUCAAAGUCAACCUGGAGCAGCAGGCUGCGGACAACAAGCAGGAGGAUUUAGUGGCUCAAGCGGUGGACCAACUAUUGAGGAAGUUGAUUAAAUUUAUAUUCGCAUUUCUAUAAUUUGUAAAUAAUUAAUUUUGUAAAUAAGUUGUAAUAAUGUACAGUUGUAAAUAAGUAAUUGCCAAUUUUUGUCUGGCAGAAAGUCAUUAGAAUUAGUACUCUGUAUUACCAGGACUGUAUUUUUUUGAAGACUGUAUGUUUGUGAUCUAGACCGAUUUUUAUUUAAUAAAUUUUAACAUCCAAAGAUUA